UCGCUCGAAGCAGCUGCAACAAUUCCAGACAACUUCAUAACUGCAUUUUACACGCUGUUCGAUUGUUUGGGACUUGCUCCGCCCACAUUCCCAAUAUCUGUACCACCUCCCCAUGCAGAAACUCCUAUCCUUGUUUAUGGUGCGGGAGCUACAUCUGGUCAAUACGCUGUUCAACUAUUGGCCCUUGCUGGGUACAAGCGGGACAUUGCAACCGCGUCCCAUCGUCACCAUUCCUACCUCAAGUCUCUUGGUGCCGCCCAUGUCAUAGACUACAGCGCUGACGACAUGCCCGAGAAGAUCCUACUCGCAGUAGGCAAAAAUCUUCGAAUUUUUUUGGACUGCAUCAGCGCUGAGAGCACACUCAAGAGCAUAUCUAGUGUUGUUAGCUCCGACGGUGCGGUAGCUUUGCUAUUGCCAGUG